GUUGGAUUCUUGGAUCCUGAGGGGAGAAAUGUCACUCUAAAAUCCUGAAUGUAUAGUUGUCAGGGUUUAAUGUCCUUCUAUCUCUUCCCUGCGAAAAGGAAUGGUCCUUCGAGCAAUGUCUCAAGUUUCUGUUAUUAUCAUAAUUCUCUUGUUAUGGACUGGAGAAGAAACAAAUGCACAGAGAGCAGGCUGCAAGAAUGUCCACUAUGACCUGGUCUUUCUGCUGGAUACGUCCUACAGCGUGGGCAAGGAGAACUUUGAAAAAGUCAGGCAGUGGGUGGCCAACUUGGCGGGGACGUUUGAUAUUGGUCCAGACAAGACGAGAGUAGGGGUCGUAAGCUACAGUGACAAGCCUCACACAGAGUUCAACUUAGGCACUUACCAGAACAUAGAAAAUAUCAAGCAGGCUGCAGCGGGCAUCAGGUAUCGCCGAGGGAAUACUGUGACCGGAGAGGCCAUUGGCUAUGUCACCUUGAAUAGCUUCUCCCAGCAAGCUGGUGGGAGACCCAAUGAUCCAAACAUUCAGAAAGUAGUCAUUCUUUUGACAGAUGGCAGAAGUCAGGAUGAAGUGUUGCCCAAUGCCACAUUGGCUCACUCUACUGGCAUCAGGCUGUUUGCUGUGGGUGUUGGUGAUGCCCUUAAAGAAGAACUGGAGGAGAUUGCCUCAGAACCCAAAUCAGCUCACAUGUUCCACGUUACUGACUUCAAUGCCAUCGAUAAGAUCCGAGGAGUGUUGCGACAAAGACUGUGUCAAAAUGUACUAUGCCCAAAUCUAAGAUUGGAAGGCAGUCAGUACAAGUUACAAAAUAAAGCUUCAGCUAACAUCCCAGGUUUUGAUCUAAUGGAACAGUUUCAUGUGAAAAGUAUUGUUGGAACGAAAGAUGGAGGAUUUGUCCGCCUUGGAACAAUGCCCAUCGUUCAGAUGACCAAAGACGUGUUUCCUCAAGGUCUGCCUGAUGAAUAUGCUUUUGUUGCCACAUUCAAAUUCCGAAAAACUUCACGAAGAGAAGACUGGUACAUCUGGCAAAUUAUUGACAAAUAUGGGAUUCCACAGGUUUCCAUCCGAUUAGAUGGUGAGAACAAAGCUGUGGAGUACAAUGCGGUUGGACUGAGGACAGAUGCUGUGAGGACCGUUUUCAGAAACAAAGAAGUCAGCAGCUUAUUUGACCGCAAUUGGCACAAGCUGGCCCUCAGUAUUAAGUCAAGCAGUGUCUCUCUCUACAUCGACUGCAAACUGAUUGAAACGCUGCCAAUGGAAGAACGGGAGAACAUCAACAUUCGAGGGAAAACCGUGAUUGGCAAACGUCUGUAUGAUAGUGUCCCAAUUGAUUUUGACCUUCAACGGAUUGUCAUAUAUUGUGAUGCCAAGGAUGCAGAACUGGAGACCUGCUGUGAUCUUCCCAGCAACCCGUGUCAGAUUACUCUUGCCACACAACAUCCUCAUUUGGAGAUCUUAACAACACCACAACCACCUGCUGAAGUUGACAGCACAAAGACCAUUAACUGUUCCUGUCUUAAGGGAGAAAAGGGUGAUCGUGGUCUACCUGGUUUUGGACACAGAGGUCCAAAGGGUGAACCAGGCCAAGUAGGAGCUGAUGGUCCCAAAGGACAAAAAGGAGAACCUGGUAUAAUAGGCUAUGAUUCAUGGGAGAAAGGUGAAAAGGGAAUAAUUAUUGGUUUUCCUGGCCUACCUGAUGUGGAAAGAGCCAAGGGCGAAAAGGGUGAUCCAGGUCCACGUGGACAGAUAGGACCAAUAGGCCUGAAAGGAGAAAAGGGAGACCAGGGUUAUCCAGGAGAACAGGGUUUUCGAGGCAUCGCUGGACCACCUGGUAUUAAAGGUGAAGAGGGUCAGAGAGGGUCCCCUGGAGAAAAGGGAGAACGCGGCUUUGAUGGAUUUCCUGGAAAAGCAGGCCUUCCUGGUGAAGUGGGGGCAACUGGUAGUCCAGGAAUUCCGGGUACUUCUGGAGCAAAAGGAGAAAAAGGAGAAGCUGGACCUCCAGGUUACCCAGGCAGUGUGGUAGAACUUGAUGGUUUGAAAGGAGAACCAGGUCAGCCAGGACUUCGUGGACAUCCGGGCUUGCCAGGUCCUCCAGGGCCUUUGGGUCGUCCUGGUUUGGAUGGCAGUGCUGGAAAACCUGGAUUACAAGGCCAAAGGGGAAGGAAGGGUGAUCGGGGACUGCCUGGUUUGCAGGGAAUCGCUGGACCUCCGGGUCCUAAAGGAGAUCCUGGUGCUCCCGGACUGACAGGGCGGCCUGGAGAACAGGGACUGCCAGGUGAAAUUGGCUUUCCAGGAAAGCCAGGUCCAAUUGGAAAACCGGGUCCACCUGGGAUAGAUGGUAAAAAUGGCUUCCCUGGACCUCCUGGAGUCAAGGGAGAAGCUGGAGAUCAUGGGCUAGAUGGCAUCCCUGGAAAGCCUGGUGAAAUGGGAGAAAGCGGGAUACCAGGUAUGACAGGGCCCAGUGGACCAAAGGGAGAAACUGGUCUUCCUGGACAACCGGGACUACCAGGUCCGAAGGGAAUGAACGGAGAGCAGGGAGAACCAGGGAGACAAGGUUUGGUUGGUCCAAAAUCAGAAAAGGGUGAGAAAGGUGACAAGGGAUCUACCGGACUUCCCGGUUCUCCAGGCCUACCGGGGACGUCAACUGAAGGUUUUCCUGUGCCUGGGAUACCGGGUUUGGAUGGUGAGAAAGGGGAGAAGGGGAGCCCAGGAGAACCAGGAGAACCUGGUUCCCAUGGAACACCAGGAACAACUGGAGCACAAGGACCUCCAGGUCCAAAGGGUCAGCAGGGUGAUCAAGGGCGGUCUGGAAUCUCUGGAGUAAAAGGUGAAAUGGGUAUUCCUGGAAGACCAGGGCCACCAGGACCACAUGGUGUGCCAGGAAAUGUAGGAGUUCCAGGAGUUGCUGGCUCUCCAGGCAAGAAUGGUCCUCCAGGUGAGAAGGGAAUGCCUGGUGCUGAUGGUGAACCAGGAUCUCCCGGAAUUCCAGGACCACCUGGAGUCCCUGGAUUAUCUGGAGAAGGCAAAACUGGGAAACCGGGACAACCUGGUAUACCCGGCUCAGUGGGGCCACAAGGACCAAAGGGUGACCCAGGAGAACCUGGUUUACCAGGGUUACCAGGAGACCGAGGCCUUCCAGGUGAAGGAAACCCAGGACCACCGGGUGCUGCUGGACAACCGGGAGAUAGAGGCCAUCCGGGUCCACGAGGUUCACCUGGAACUCCAGGCCAACCUGGAAGUGAUGGGUUACCAGGGCCUAGAGGAGAUCCAGGACCUCCAGGAGAACCUGCAUCAUUACCUCUUAUUUCAAGGGGACAAAUAGAAUACAUGGUUCAGGAUUUGUGCACGAGUUGCCCAGCUGGUCCACCAGGACUUCAAGGACUACCAGGUUUGAAAGGAAGCAAAGGACAUGCAGGCCCCCGGGGGAAAGAUGGAAAAGAUGGUCUGAUGGGUGAACCAGGACCAUCAGGGCCACCUGGACCACAAGGGCCAGCAGGAAUGAUGGGCAGUAAAGGAGAUCGGGGUUUGCCUGGUUCAUCUGGUGAAAAGGGCGAGCAGGGUAGUCCAGGACUGCCUGGUUAUCCUGGACCUCCUGGAACUGUUGGCCAACCUGGAGCUGAUGGCAUUCCGGGAUCUCCUGGUGCCCCAGGGCUGCGAGGAGAGAAGGGAAAGGAAGGUGCUCGAGGAAGUCAGGGACCUACUGGACCAAUUGGGCCACCUGGUCUUCCUGGCAAAGAUGGAAAGGACGGGAAACCUGGACCUGCAGGGGAACCAGGCCGGCAGGGAAACCCUGGGCCUCCUGGCAGGAGUGGCCUCCGAGGAAUGCCUGGUUUCAAAGGCUCUAAAGGUGCUCCUGGUUCAACUGGUCCGAGAGGGGAAACAGGAAUGGCUGGGUCACCAGGUCAGCCAGGCUCACCUGGGAAAGACGGUGAACAAGGACCUCCGGCACCUCAGGGUCCUCCUGGUUUAAGAGGUGUUCAGGGUAAAAGUGGUCCUCCUGGUCCUGAAGGAAAACCUGGUCCUCCAGGUGCUGAGGGACCAAAGGGUUCUAAAGGAUCAAGUGGUGACCCAGGGUUUCCAGGGCCCCAAGGACAACCAGGAACACCGGGACAGCAAGGAGAGCCAGGAUUCACGGGAAAAACAGGAUCUCCAGGCAAAUCAGGUGAUCGGGGGUCCAAAGGAGAAAGAGGUGACCCAGGUACCAAAGGUGAAAAAGGAAUCCAGGGGGACAAAGGACGACCAGGUGAUCCGGGUCCUCCAGGUAUAAAAGGACACACUGGGAUAAUGGGUCCUGUGGGACCUCCAGGAGAAAGAGGCCCAGUUGGGUUACCAGGCCAAUCAGGUCCUCCUGGAAUACCUGGAGAAAGGGGUGAGCCUCCAUCUUCUGAGGUCCUAAGGAGACUUAUAAGGGAAGAGCUGUCAAAGCAGCUCGAUGUGCGGCUGUCCUAUCUCAUGUCUCAGUUUCCACCAACUUCCAUUAAAGCACCACCUGGGAAGCCAGGGCCACCAGGUCCACCAGGAACUGAUGGAUUUCCCGGGAGGCCUGGUGUCCCUGGAGAACCUGGGUCACCUGGACAACCUGGCUCUGAAGGACCCAGUGGGCCAAUUGGUCCAAAAGGUGAUAGAGGUUCAAAGGGUGAAAAAGGAGAGACGGGUAUUGGACAGCGGGGUGAUCCUGGUACCCCAGGCCCUGCCGGUAUCCCUGGAACACCUGGCUAUGGGAAAGAUGGAGUUCCUGGUACUCCAGGGCCACCAGGAGAGUCUGGUCUACCUGGAAUGAUAGGUCCUCAAGGACCCCCUGGUCAGAAUGGAAUCUGUGAUCUGGCUCAGUGUGCUUAUUAUGCAAGUAUGGCCAGCCGACCAGCUAACCAGAAAGGACCUUGAGCCAAGUCAAAGAAAUUUUUGAAGAGAUGAAGGAUGCAGAUACCGUUUAAGACAAACAUAAAAAUAUACCGACAGCAGCCUGUACAGUGAUCACUCCAAGCGCACUUGUGACCAGCUAAAUGUGUUCUGAUGCGAGAUCCUGCCCUCUCCUAAAAAAUCAGGAGAAGCUACAGUAUCCCAUCCAUUAAACACACACACAGGUCCCUUCUGCAAAUCCAUACCAGCAUCUGAUUGUAACUGAACUUGGUGAUUUUAAAACUUCCUAACUGUACAUAUUUUCAAAAUCUGCAGUAAGUUUCCUGUAUAGUUGUACCUCAACUAUAGUACAAUCCAGUGUGGCAUGUGUGAAAUGCAAUUUACAUACACUAGAUUAUUUAGUUAUUGACAGAUUUCAGUGUUGUGAAUAUAUAUAUAAAGUAAAAUUAAAGGCAAAAUGCUGAUUUCCCCAGGCUUAAUUUAAAAGGAAAUACCUCUUCUA